AUGUAUGAGGCUCUGCAACUGGAACCAAAUAAUGACGAAGACGGUUCAUCUAGCUUGACGGUAGCACUGAGGUUAAGUCGCCCUACUCCCCGCAUCAAAACUGCUUCCAUACAGCAAAAAAGACAGAUCUUGGAUUCUGAAAAGCAAUUAGGAUUCAAAAUUGCUCUUCUAUUAGAUUAUACAACCUUUAGGAGAAGAGGAAAGUUACAAUAUACUUCUUCAGUCUGUAAAAAAGCUUCUGUGACGGACAACAUCUUCCUGGUGGAUGAAUUCUGGACUGCAGGGAUAAAGAACUUCAAGAUCAUUCAAGAUACCUUUUACACAAUGGUCAAUGGCUUUGAUAUUGGGCAAGACAAAAUCUAUGUUGGUAUAAUUCAGUACAGUGAUGUGACAUACACUGAAUUCUUGUUGAACAUUUUCUGUAACAAGAAUGAUUCCUUAUAGAAGAUACAGAAAUUAUGUUACAAAGAAGGAGACACCAAAACUGGGCAGACUCUCCAUUUUAUGCUAGAGAAUCACUUUGUAGCAAGUGUUGAUAGCCAAAAGGUUAAAGGGGUUCCUCAAAUUUAUCUGGUGAUUACAAAAAAAGAGGCUGAAAACAAUAUUCAAAACCCAGCCACAGCAUUCAAAGAUGCUGGCAUCAUGUACACCACAGGUCUGAAAGGAUCUGCUUUGUCUGGGCUUCUAGAAAUAGCUAAUGAGCCAGCUGAUAAGCAUGCCUAUGAAGUGGAAGAUACUGAUUCUCUGCAAGGACUCUCUCCAGUAAAUCUGCAGAUGCUUUGUACUGUGUUAGAGGAGAUAACUGGACCAGCCACCCAGGUUGCCCAUGAAAGCAAGGCUAAGGGCUUUGUUACACAGCUAGUGAUUCUAAUCACUGGUGGAGAAUCCAGUCGUGAAGUUGAAUUGCCUGUCAGGAAACUGAGGAACAUCAGAGGCAUUCCCCUCUAUGUUGUUGGAACUGGUGUGCAGGAUACAGCUAAUCUUCAGCAAAGAGCCAGCAAACCUUUUGAGUUCAAUUUGGUCACCUUUUUGCCACUGCUUUUACUCUAAGUUUGCAGCAGUCUUGUGGCAGAUCUUGUAUUCCUGAUGAAAGGAUCAGAAAGCAUAAAAAACUUUUCUGUCACAAAGACAUUCGUGAUGGAAGUUGUGGACAACUUUGUUAUUUCUAGGGACAGAGUAGUUGUUGGAGUAGUCCAGCACAGCCCAGAGCCCCACAAAGAAUUUCCUUUUAAUGAGUUCUACAGUGGCACCACGAUAAAGGCGAUCAACAGAAUAAAGCAAUUGCAGUCUGCUGUGGUUUAUGGCAAAGGCCUGAGGCUUGUCCAGAGCCUUCUUCAUGACUACUCUGCUGACAGGGUAGAGGAUGCAGCAAUGGCUUUGAGUAGCAAUGAGAUCCAUGUCUUUGAAGUUGGCAUAGGGAUUAUAAAUUCCUUUGAGCUGCUUUUAAUAGCUGAUGAUGCAAGGGGAAUGUUCACAGUGGAAAGCCUUGACACACUGAAACCCAUCGAAAGGAAUAUUGUCGAUUGGGUCUGUCAAUCCAAACAUCUCCCUGACCAGGAUGAUUCACGUGAUUGCAACAUAGAUCUUUCUAUAGCAGUUGAUGCUUCAAGGCGCAUGCAACCAGAACCCACAGUGCUCCUGAAACAGAGAUUGCAAGCAUUCCUCCCCAGACUUUUACUCCAGAUGAAAUCAUUACCAAACACCAGCUGUAAAGCUCCAGUCAACAUUAGAUUCAAGUUCCAAGUAUUGGCACAGACCAACCAAUUAAUCUUUGACUCUGGUUUUGAAGACUACAAUGAAGAGAUCAUCCAGAAGUUCUUAGAUGCACAGGCCACUGUGGAUACCUACCUGAAUACAGAUUUCUUGCAGGCACUUGAGGAGAAGUUCUUUAAUGUGACCUCUGCUGAAGUUAAGGUUCUGUUAGUAUUUUCAGAUGGGCUGGAUGAUUCGCUGGAAGAUCUCAGGAAAGCAUCUGACUCACUUCGCUUUAAAGGUCUUGAUGCACUCUUGUUAGUUGGCCUGGACAGUACACAGAACUUGACUGAAUUUUGGGAGAUAGAGUUUGGCAGAGGCUUUGGAUACAAUGAACCUCUGAGUGUUGGGUUUGCAGAGAUUGCAAGCAUCUUGCAGAGAAACCUUGAUACUGUUGCAGAAAGGAAAUGCUGUAAGGUUAUUUGUAAAUGCCUUGGAGAAAAUGGUGAUCGUGGUGUCCGGGGAAGUCCGGGAAGGAAGGGAAAUACGGGUUACAGAGGAUCUCCUGGCCAUCCUGGUGAGGAAGGUGGGGUUGGGGAGAGAGGCCCAGCUGGUUUCACUGGGACUCAAGGAGACAGGGGUUGUCCAGGUGCUAGAGGCCAUAAGGGGGGCAGAGGCUACAGAGGAAAUCAGGGUGAAUAUGGUGAGAGUGGAUUCGAUGGCACUGAUGGAGAGCAGGGAGAACGGGGAUUGCCUGGACCUUCUGGAGAGAAAGGCAACAGAGGAAAAUGGGGCAGAAAAGGCCCCAGAGGAGAACCAGGUGAACGAGGAGAAUCUGGUCUAAGAGGAGAUUAUGGAGAUCCUGGGGCUAACAGUAGUGUUAGUGGUCCUAAAGGUGAAAAAGGAAGCCUAGCACCACAGGGAGAACCAGGCCCACGUGGACUCCAAGGAGAGGAGGGUGAUGCUGGCCCUGAUGGUGCAGCAGGUCGAAGAGGCCCUCCAGGUAUAAAGGGUGAGCAAGGAGAUCUGGGGGAAGCAGGUUACCCAGGAGAGACCGGUCUUCCAGGCCCACAGGGCCCAGGAGGACCACAAGGGAUCAGAGGACCUCCAGGACCACAAGGCAUGCCAGGCCCUCUGGGCAGUCUGGGGCCCCCAGGUUCACCUGGCUCUGUUGGAAAGUUAGGUGCAAGAGGAGAAAAGGGUGAACCUGGUGACCCUGGAGAGAAGGGCCCAAUCGGACUACCUGGACAGAGAGGCAUGCCUGGCGUGGAUGGCAGAGAUGCCUAUGGUCCUGAAGGAAGCAAAGGAGCAAAGGGAGAAUCUGGAUUCUUAGGAUAUCCUGGUCCAGAGGGAGAAGAGGGAGACCCAGGCAUUCCAGGAGCUGAAGGACCCAAAGGAACUAGGGGUAGAAGAGGUAAUGCUGGCACACCAGGUUCCCUGGGAGAUCCAGGAGAUCAAGGGCCAUCAGGACCUAUGGGUGCCAAAGGACCAAUGGGCACCAUUUUAAUGGAACCUUGUGAACUUGUGAAUUUUACAAGAAAAAACUGCCCUUGCUCAUCAGACACAUGUCCAGCUUACCCAACUGAAGUGGUGUUUGCCUUCGAUAUGUCUGAUGAUGUUACACCAGCUGCAUUUGAAAGGAUGAGAAACAUUGUCAUGUUGUUGCUGAGGACCAUUAAGAUCAGUGAAAGCAACUGCCCAACAGGCGCUCGUGUCUCCGUUGUUUCUUUCAACACCAAUAUGCGCUAUCUCAUCCGAUUCUCAGAAUUCCAAAAAAGCAACUUGCUGCAACAAGCAGUCCAGAGAAUACCUCUGGAGAGAUCCACUGGAAAGCGAAAUAUUGGGGCAGCCAUGAGAUUUGUUGCAAGAAAUGUCUUCAAACGUGUUCGUCAGGGCAUCCUCACAAGAAAAGUAGCCCUAUUUUUUGCCAAUGGUCCAUCGCAGGAUGAUGUUGCCAUCAGCACAGCUGUGCUUGAGUUGAGUGCUUUGGAUAUCACUCCAGUGGUCAUUGCCUUCAGUGAAGUGCCAAAUGUCAGACGUGCCUUCUCAAUUGAUGACACUAGAAGAUUUCAAUUAUUUGUUUGGGAAAGACAACAGGAUGAAAAUUUAGAGGGCAUCACAUAUUGUACACUUUGCUUUGAUAAAUGCAAACCAAGAACCAACUGUGAGGUGCCCGUUUUUCCCCCAGUUCUGAUGGAUAUGGAUAUCACUUACAUCAUGGACAGCUCUCGCAGUGUCAGCAGUGAAGACUUUCAGAGAGCCAAAGACUUUGUGAACAACAUGCUAGAUCAGUUUGUUGUUUCCUUACAGCCAAACGAAUCAUACGGAGGCAUCAGAGUGGCACUGGUGCAGCAAGCUCCUAGGGGCUUCCUGCCUGGCAGAAACCAGACACCUGUGGCCUUGGAGUUUGAUCUAGUUACAUACAGCAGUAAAGAUUUGAUGAAGAAACACAUCCAAGAGUCUGUUCACCAACUGGAAGGGCCAUCAGCCAUUGCUUCUGCUCUACAGUGGACAGUCGAAAAUGUAUUCUUUAAAGCCCCCAGACAAAGGAAACACAGGGUCAUAUUUACAAUAGUUGGAAGCAAAACAAGCACGUGGGACAGAGAGAGGCUGAAAGAGAUUUCACUCGGAGCCAAGUGCCAAGGAUUCACUUUGUUCACUCUUGCGCUUGGCAGUGAUGUGAGUGACAAUGAGUUGAUGGAGCUGCCAAGUUCCCCCACAGAGCAGCACCUACUGACACUGGGCAGGGUUUCGACAGCGGAGAUGGCGUACGCUCAGAGGUUUAGCCGGGCAUUUCUGAAUCUUCUACAGCAAGAAAUGAACAGUUAUCCUUCACCUGAACUUCAAGAAGAGUGUGAAAACUUAGAUCGGGGAGACAUACAACAGCAAGUGUCUAUAAUUGAAAGGAUGCCUUUUCCUGGAAUGGCUGAACUUGGUUCCAGUUAUGGUUUGGAAGACACUGAAAAAACUGAAAGUAGAGUCAUGAAGAGUAUUAAAGAGAACACCAAAGAACUUGUAUACACAAUACCAGAAAUGAGAUAUGAUUAUGAGGAGAAGAAUGAAUAUGUCACAGAGGGAGCUGCUGCGGGAGAAAAGCCACAAGAGUGUGGAGAAGCUCAGGAGGAGAACAAGGAAAACUUAGGUGCAACAGUAGAAACUAGAACUGCCUGUAAUGAUUAUGAUGCAUGUGACCUUGUUCAAGAUAGUGGAGAAUGUCAGAAUUACAUUUUGAAGUGGUACUACGACAAAGAGCAGAAAAUGUGUGGUCAGUUCUGGUAUGGGGGCUGCGGAGGCAAUAGAAAUAGAUUUGAAACACAAGAAGAAUGUGGAUUCUUGUGUAUAGAGUCUUCCUAGUGCAGAGACACUUAAGUUACUUUAAUUCUUCAGUUAGACUAUCAGGGUGAUGCGGAAAAGGAAUUCAAAGAGAAGGCUUUACAUAGCCACUUGGCUCCCAUGUUUC